CCUCCCCUCACUUCAAACAGAAGCAGCCUGCUUCAACUACAACAAAACACUCACAAAAAGUGUUGGCUAAAAUUUCUCAAAGACAUUGGAAAAAUGAGAGGAGGAGGAAGAAGAAGAGCCAGCUCUCUCUUCUCCUAUUCCCUCUAAACCCACAAGAGCCCGAAGCAAUGGCAGCUCCCUUUGACCCCCUCUUUUGCCCUGAAGAGCCCUUCAUCGAAGAACUCUAUGAACCCAAUGUAGAAAGAACUCAUCUUUUUGAACCCAACUCGGACGCAGACGAAUUCCUCUCCUCUCUCCUAACGAACGAGCAAAAACCUCAAAACUUCACUAAUCUCAACGACCCAUAUCUCCUCUCAGCGAGAAACGACGCGGUUCAAUGGAUCAAAACCACAAGCUCAAGAUUUGGGUUCAAUGCGCUCACCAUUCUCUUAGCAGUCAACUACCUCGACCGCUGCUUCCUCUGCUCCGCUGGACUACGAUUACAGCAGGACAAGCCGUGGAUGAAGCAGCUCUCUGCGGUUGCUUGCCUCGCCCUCGCCGCUAAGGUCGAGGAGACACGUGUCCCGUUCUUGUUGGACCUUCAGAUUCCGCCGGCGGCGGAGGAAGUUGCCGGGUUUGUGUUCGAAGCUAAGACCGUGAGGAGGAUGGAGUUGCUGGUUUUAACUACGCUCGGUUGGAGAAUGAAUCCGGUCACCGCCCUGGAUUUUAUUCAGUGCAUUUUGCCAAAGUUGAAGGAUUGUGAUGAUGAUACUGCUGUUGAGGUCUUGAGGAGCUGUGAGCAUGUUCUGGCCUCAGUUUUAUCCGAUUGGAGAUGGGUUCAGUUCCCCCCCUCUGUUUGGGCUGCUGCUGCAACGAUGCAAGCAACGGGGGUGCAUUCUGAUGCAAUGCAGCACAUUUUUGACCUGCUUCAGGUCUCCAAGGAAAAUGUUGAGGAGUGCCGUGGGCUCAUUGUUGAAUUAAUGGGUAAUGGGUGCAAUAAGAGGAAGAGUUGUUGCUUAAACCCACCGAGCCCAAAUGAGGUGAUUGCUUCAUGUUUUAGCUACGAGAGCUCAUCGAGCUUAGAUUCAUGGCAAGUGUUGCCCUCAUCAGUUUCCUCGUCUCCUGAUCCAAAUUAAGAGACCCAACCGUUCCAUUAUCUGAAUUUUAGUCUUAAUUAAUUUGUCACGAUUAAGAUUCUUAAUGGGAGGAGGAAUUGGGCUCCAUCUCUUGCUGAGCUCUGGGGACCAAAUUUUGCUUUGAUGAAUUGGGCGAUAUGAGGAAGACAGAAAAGAGAGCAGAGAGGCUAGAGAGUAGAGAGAGAGAGAGAGAGAGGGCCUUUUUCUUUUCUGUUGAAAAAAUAUAUAUUUAUGUAUUAUUGUAUUCUGUGUGAUGUCCUGUCAAAUGCCAUCAAUGCCUUUGUGUUCAAUUCUCUCCUCAAUCAACUCGUAUAUUUAUGAGCGAA